AUGCAAAUGCAAAUCUGGACCCGCAUCUGGAGAGAGGGAAGUUACCCCGGUAGCAAGCUCUUUGAAAUCAGCAUAUGGGUUGCCAUUGAUAUCGGUAUCCGAGAUCAGACUGGCACAAAUACAGUGGCGAACACGGCCUCAAGGUGGCCUCCCAGAGAGUUUCCCUACAUAUUUACCUACCUCUCCACCACCCACCCAUCCACCCUGCGCAAGAUCCUUCACACCACGCUCCAUACCACAGGAUUCGGAUUCGUCAAGCUCCACCUCGAUUCCUCUGAUUCCGUCAAUAUCGUCGAUCCCACCGGAUCAUACACCCCGACAAACUCUAGUCUCGCACGGAAAAAGGAGCACCGCGGAAGACCAACUACACGAACGAGUAGCGAUGGUGCGAAGGCAGACAACCAGCAAUCACAUAUUCACGACUAA